GACUUUAGUUAGGUGUAGAUCAGAACUGAACUUGGAGAACACUGAUAUAAGGCUUAGACAGAGAAAAAUUGUCUUGAAGCAGAGAAGAGGGCAAGUUAAGAACAGUUGAGAUUGCAGAGAUAUUUGUUAGGUGGAACCUAGGAGAGAAAUUGCAUCUUUAUUGCCAAGUGAAGUAGGAAGUGGAGUCCUCAGCCAAGAGAGGUAGUCAGACCCCUUUACAGCAUGCAAGUUUGAGAGUCCUGGGUGCCCCUAAUCUGAAGCAAAAGGAUCUCAGAGUAAAGAACUUCAAGAAAUUCAGAUAUGUGAAGUUGAUUUCCAUGGAAACUGCGUCAUCCUCUGAUGACAGUUGUGACAGCUUUGCUUCUGAUAAUUUUGCAAACACAAAACCUAAAUUCAGGUCAGAUAUCAGUGAAGAACUGGCAAAUGUUUUUUAUGAGGACUCUGAUAAUGAAUCUUUCUGCGGCUUUUCAGAAAGUGAGGUGCAAGAUGUAUUAGACCAUUGUGGAUUUUUGCAGAAACCAAGGCCAGAUGUCACUAACGAACUGGCCAGUAUUUUUCAUGCCGACUCUGAUGAUGAAUCAUUUUGCGGUUUCUCAGAAAGUGAGAUACAAGAUGGAAUGAGACCACCUUCGGCCCGCAUGGGCUGCAGGACCCGCAGCCAGGGCAGACUUGCUGGACAGCUCCGCGUGGCCAUGAAGUUUCCAGCUCGGAACACCAGGGGAACAGCCGCCAAAAAAACAGCGGUCCCUGAACCCUUAGAGAAUUCUGUGACCGAUUCCAAUUCUGAUUCAGAAGAGGAAAGCGGAGUGAAUUUUUUGGAGAAAAGAGCCUUAAAUAUAAAGCAAAACAAAGCAAUGCUGGCAAAACUAAUGUCAGAACUGGAAAGCUUGCCUGGCUCAUUUCCUGGACGGCGUUCCCUCCUAGGCCCCCGUUCACAAUCCAAGACGCCCCGGAGACGUACCUUCCCAGGCGCGGCUUCUCGGAGAAACCCUGAACGGAGAGCUCGCCCUCUAACCAGGUCAAGGUCCCGGAUUCUCGGGUCAUCUAGCACUGUACCCACAGAGGAGGAGGAGGAGGAGGAGGAGGAGGAGGAAGAUAAGUACAUGUUGGUGAGAAAGAGGAAGACCAUAGAUGGCUACAUGAAUGACGAGGACAUGCCCAGAAUUCGUCGCCCUGGCUCCAUGACUCUCCCGCAUGUAAUUCGUCCAGUGGAAGAAAUUACAGAAGAAGAGUUGGAGAAUAUUUGCAGCAACUCUCGAGAGAAGAUAUAUAACCGUUCAUUGGGAUCAACUUGUCAUCAGUGCCGCCAGAAAACUAUUGAUACAAAAACAAACUGUAGAAACCCAGAGUGCUGGGGAGUUCGAGGCCAGUUCUGCGGUCCUUGCCUUCGAAAUCGUUAUGGUGAAGAGGUCAGGGAUGCUCUUCUGGACCCAAACUGGCAUUGCCCUCCUUGUCGCAGAAUCUGCAAUUGCAGCUUUUGUCGGCAGCGUGAUGGGCGGUGUGCGACUGGGGUCCUUGUGUAUUUAGCAAAAUACCAUGGCUUUGGGAACGUGCAUGCUUAUUUGAAAAGUCUGAAACAGGAAUUUGAAAUGCAAGCAUAAUAUUUGGAAGAUCCAUGGCCUGCCUUCCACUGCACAAAUCUUCCUUGUUAAAGCUUUCAGUUUUGUUGUGUGAUUGAAAUCUGAGCAAAUAAGUUUAGUGAGCAGUGUGUUUUAUAGGAAACUCAGAUCAAGUGACUCUCUUUAGACAUGCAUGUGUUUCUGAGCAUCAUGGAGGUAAUUGCUGGCUCCACUUUGCCCUCCUGCUGUUUCUCCUUGGCUUUGCCUCACUCCUCACCCCAUAACAUCCCCCCCGCCCCCGUUUCCGGUGGUUCUGUCCCCAUGCAUUGUUUCUGAGUUCUUUUUAAAUGACAGUUUUAUGAAAGCACGUUUGAUUUCAUUGGUGUUGAAAUAGCCCUGGAACCUACCCAUAAAACCAAGCACUUAGAAACACAGUAGUGGUGUUAACCAGCUACAUUUACUGAAUUCCAGAGACCAGCCUUCUAACUUGUUUCCAUGAAGACAAUGGAUGUGAUUGAGUUUUAACAGAAUCAAGGCACAGAAGUCUUAAAGCAAUGUGGAAAAAUUAGGUAAUUGUUGGAAAGUGGAGUAUAUCCUUUUGGAUGUCUCAUGAGAAUAUUCCAUGUAUCGUGCUUCCUAUGCAGGUUGUCCCACUUGAGACUCAGUUGCCGCUGAUUUCUUCCACCAUGAGAUUAAGUGCUGCAUCUGAUGCACACACGAGCCGAAGGCGAGUGAGCAUUGCUGCGCUUGAAAUCAUUAUAAAAAAGACAUCCUGGGGCAUCAGGAUGGGGAGGCUUUGGGAAUAGGCAGAUUUGAAUUGAAGCUGUAAAACUUGAAUUUAACUGUUGCUUACCAAGUUUAUUUCAGUUCAUAUAUAAAUAAAUUCUUGACCAUUUUACCUGGAAAAACUGAUUCUAAUACAAGCGCGUGAUUCUUUGAAGUUUUUGCUUUCUUGAAGAAAUGAUACACUAGCACAAGACUCAAGUUGAUAUCUUAAGCACUUUUAGAACAGUGAGAUGUGCCUUUUUAGAGAUGGGAGACUUUCCACAGUUGAACUUCAGAUUUUGGGCAGACUUCAUGUGCCAUCUCCCUCUGUCCCUUUGUAUUAAUCAGUCAUUUGCUGGAGAUGGGAUCUGAGUGCUGGUGUGUUAACUUUGCAUGUGCAGUUGCUGCACCUAUUUGGUAUUUGAUGUGAAUUGGACUUCAGAUCAAUACAAUGUAAAUAGAGCUUUUGAUCUGUAAUGCUUUUUUUAUACAAAGGUUUUUAUUUUAAUAAUAAAAUGUUUUGUUCCAGUUUGUCUCC